GGUCUCCGUUUUCUUUUCUUCUUCCGCUUUACAUUUGCAAACAGAGCCCAGAGACGCUGGCGGCCGGAGAGGGGCAGGUGUCGGGAGAGACUCAGGUGCCAGCUGCGACGGACUAGCGCGGCGCCUCCGGCCCUGGCCCGCUGCGUCGCCUUUGUCGCUGCCUCCUCCCGCUCGUGUCCCGCGACCAUAGAGUUCGGAAGUGCGACCAGAGUGGCUCCCGGCUGCCUGCGAGGGCCGCGCCUUGGUGGGCGGUCGGGAUGGCCGCAGCGCUAGCGCUGAGGGUGGUCGCGGGGCUGGCGGCCGCGGCGCUGGUGGCAGUGCUCUUGGAGCACUAUGGCUUGGCUGGCCCGUCCUCGCCGCUGCCCCAGCCCCGCGCCCCCCGGAGCUGGCACCCAGCGCCGGGCCCUGGAGACAGCAACAUCUUCUGGGGCCUGCAGAUAUCCGAUCUUCACGUGAGCAGGUUUCAGGAUCGAGACAGAGCGGUAGAUUUAGAGAAGUUCUGUUCUGAAAAUAUUGACAUCAUUCAACCAGCCCUCGUCUUAGUAACAGGAGACCUGACAGAUGCCAAAACAAAGGACAAGCUGGGAUCCAGGCAGCAUGAGGUAGAAUGGCAAACUUACCAGGGUAUUCUAAAGAAGACAAGGGUCCUGGAAAAAACCAAAUGGCUGGAUAUCAGAGGAAAUCAUGAUGCAUUCAAUAUCCCAAGUCUGGAGAGUGUUGAGAAUUAUUACAGGAAAUAUUCUGCUGUACGUAGGGAUGGCUCUUUCCAUUAUGUCCACCGUACUCCCUUUGGCAACUAUUCUUUCAUCUCUGUGGAUGCCACUCUCAAUCCAGGACCUAAGAGACCCUAUAAUUUCUUUGGAAUUUUAAAUGAGAAACGGAUGGAAGAGCUUUUAUUACUGGCCCAGGAAAGUAGUCGGAGCAACCAUACUAUAUGGUUUGGACAUUUUACAACAUCCACUAUCCUUUCUCCAUCACCAGGCAUUCGGUCAAUAAUGAGUUCGGCUACAGCUUAUUUGUGUGGGCACCUCCAUACACUUGGUGGAUUGAUGCCUGUUUUGCAUACUCGUCACUUCCAGGGCACUUUGGAACUUGAGGUGGGAGACUGGAAGGAUAACAGAAGGUACCGGAUCUUUGCUUUUGAUCAUGACCUCUUUAGCUUUGCAGAUUUGGUCUUUGGCAAGUGGCCUGUGGUUCUUGUCACCAACCCUAAAUCACUCCUCUAUAGUUGCACUAAACAUGAACCACUAGAAAGACUCCUUCACUCAACACACAUCAGAGUCUUGGCCUUUUCCUUAUCCUCCAUUACUUCUGUCAUAGUUAAGAUUGAUGGAGUUCAUUUAGGACAGGCUAUUCAUUUGUCUGGUCCUAUUUUCAUAUUGAAGUGGAACCCCAGAAACUACAGUGAUGGGACACAUAACAUAGAAGUAAUUGUCCAGGAUUCUGCUGGAAGAAGUAAGACUGUUCAUCACAUAUUUUCCAUUCAAGAGGAUAUUCAUCUCAGAUUUGAUCCCCUGGCAUCAUUUAUUCUCCUUACUGAUUUCUAUAUUGUGGCCCGGGUCCUCUUUUUGCUGAUUGUACUGAUCCAGAUCACCAUUCUUAUUACUUUUAGGUAUCGAGGACAUCCAAAGCUUAAAGGAUCUCCAGGAUUUGUAAAUCUGACUUUGUUUUCCCUUCAUGUUUUGAGCAAAAUAAACAUCUUCUACUAUUUUGUGUUAUUGCUGACACUGUAUACAGUGCUGGGACCAUGGUUUGUUGGUGAAAUCACUAAAGGCAAAUUGGGCUGCCUCUUUUCCUUUGGGAUCUUUGUUGAUGGGCAUUUCCUACAAGGCAGCUUAACAUUUAUAGUUGGAAUUCUUCAGCUGGCGUUUUUUAACAUUCCUUUGAUGGCUUACCUGUGUUGGAGCUUAUUGCAACGGUGCUUUGGUCACAACUUCAGAUCUCAUCUCCACCAAGAUAAAUACUUGAAAAUUAUACCUGUUCACCUACUUAUGCUACUGCUGUACAUCUGGCAGGCUUAUUCCUGCUACUUUCUUCAUGUGACAUAUGGCACCCUAGCUUUUUUCUUCUCCCCUUUGUGGACCUGGUUGACACUGCUGACACCUGUUCUCAUUCGUCGUGUGUGGAUACUGAACUCCACUGAGCUUGGAAACUUUGUGGUGCUGUUAAAAAGCCACCUGAGCUUCUGAUGGCUAUAUCUUACCACUGGCAGCUGGACCAAGCUCUGGUUUCCGUCCCUCUAAUGCAGGACCCUGCACCAGCAGCAGGUAGAAGUCCAGUUGGUGGGAAAACUUCAGGGAGCUGCUGCUCCUUGGAUAUCCAGAGUUGGAGGGAUUACCCACUACUGAUUCCUGCAGAAUGGACUAGAGACAAGUCUGUAAAUAAUGCGUGAUUCCUUCAUUCUCCAAGGAGGCCAAGGGUUGAUUUACCUUUGUGAAGAGAAAGCCCUUAUCCAGGAGAUGCAUUGCAGGGUUGGGUGUGUGGGAGUGUCUGAGGCCCAGCGUGUUUUUUGGAUUAUCUCAUUUAAAACACCUGGCACAGAGCCUGGCACUCAAAAACUGGCAAGGGUGCCAUUUUAGGGGCAGUGAACCAGUGUGGACUUGGGCCCCAUUCUAACUAUCAGUUGAGAAAUUAGCUCCCAGUCCUAUUUGCCCUCAGGGUUAUAGACUCUCUGCUUCCUCAGUCGGGGGUGUUUUCAACUAAUCAAAUAAAUGAAUGAAUGAAUGAGUAAGCAAUAUCCUGGUUUCUG